AUGGACGAGGACACAGAACUCAAUGGCACCCAACGCAUGUGCGUUGAUGGGGAGAUCCAAUUGAUUCCCACACCCACCACUUCCCCCAACGAUCCGCUCAAUUGGAGUGCCUGGAGACGGUAUUGGCAUGCCCUGCUAGUCCUCGUGUUCGUCGCACUCACGGCGGCGACUGCCAACGAUGCUGGCACUGCUGGCAAUGGUAUGAACCUCGAGCUGGGCAUUACGUGGGAGCAGAUCAACAUCGCUGCAGGUGUUCUGUUUGUCGGUAUUGGAUAUACCACCCUGCUCCUCAGCCCAGCACCUUUCUUGUAUGGAAGACGGAUCUCCUACUUGAUCUGUCUGGUUUUUUCUGUCGUUGGGUCCAUCUGGAUGGCCCGCGUCCAAACCGUCCAGGACAACAUCUGGAAUCAACUUUUCGUGGGUGCCUCCGAAUCCUGCGCAGAGGCAAUGGCCCAGUUGUCUCUUUCCGAUCUGUUCUUUCAGCAUCAAAGAGGCCUUGUUCUGGGCUUGUACGUCCUGGCUACCAGUAUCGGGACAUUUGCUGGACCAUUGAUCGCCGGCUUCAUCACCGACUCUUCCCUGGGUUGGAGAUGGGUCGGCUGGUUUGGUGCUAUUAUAUCCGGGGGGCUGAUUGUGGUCUUUUACUUCACGUUGGAGGAAACAUUCUUCGAUCGGAACAACCCCCUCCGCGGACAUGCUACACCUAAAUCCGAUAGUGUGUCAGCUGAUCCCUCGGACAAAAAGGAGAAAUUGGUUGCGAGCGUGCAAGCGUCAUCCCCCGACCGUGAACUCGACGAGGAAUGCGGCCAGGAGAAGGGAAAGACCUAUUUCCAACGCAUCGCCCUAAUCACUCCCUCGCCAACUUUGGUCGGGACGGGCUUCAAGCAGUAUAUUCGUCGCCUAUACUACACACUGCGUGUUUUCACUUUCCCAGCAGUCCUUUAUUCGGGCCUUCAAUGGGGUGCCCAAGAUGCCUGGUUGACCUUCUAUCUUACCGUCGAACAAGACAAUUGGUAUGAGGAACCCUGGAACUACAGUGAUGCUGCAGUGGGUAUCAUGAACGUGCCAACCCUAAUUGGCUCAGUCAUUGGCUGUAUCUACGGCGGAUGGUUCUCCGACUUCUUCGUUGUUUGGAUGACCAAACGAAACAAGGGCAUUUUCGAAGCUGAGCAGCGCCUCUGGCUCUUGUUGCCUGUUGCUUUCAUCGGCCCCGCUGGCCUCAUGCUGUUCGGAAUCGGUUCGGGUAGAGGCUGGAACUGGCCUUUGCCGUAUCUUGGACUGGGCUUCAUCGGCUUCGGCUGGGGCUGUUCGGGCGAUCUCAGCAUGGCGUAUCUCAUGGAUGCGUACCCGGACAUGGUGUUGGAGGGCAUGGUCGGUGUUUCCGUCAUCAACAACACCAUCGGAUGUCUUUUCACAUUCACUGCUGAGAUGUGGCUGGAAGCGCAGACUCUUGCUCAAGUCUUCGUUGCCAUUGGCGUGUUGAGCUUCUGCUUCAUCAUGACUACUGUGCCGAUGAUCUACUGGGGCAAGAAAUGUCGCAAGAUGACUCAGAAGCAAUACAAGGCUUUCCUGCUGCUUCGUGAUGGGCCUUCUAAUUAA